AUGUGGGCCGCGGCGGAGUACAGGGCAACACCGUACUCCGCCCUUCCCUACGGGCCGAUACUGGGGGAAUGGAGCGCCCCCGCGCUCCAUCCCCCAGCCCGUAGGGGUCCCACUAGUGGUCCCAAGCAUGGGACCAUUUGUGGUGGGACCACCGUCCCCGUGCCCGCGGACACCGCCAGAGAUCCCUUAUUUGGGUUCUCUGGCUCUGCACCUUUUAGUCGCCUCUUACGACAGGCAGGUGAUACCCCGGGCCUAUUCGGUAGCGGGACCCGGACGCCUAUGUUUAGAACAACUAGAACAACCUGGAACAACCUUAAAAAAGUUCGAUUUGCGAAAAGUAGGGUGCCAGAUGUCGUGAUCGCCUCCGUUGAGAACGAGCUUCGGCGUGAAUCGCAGAGUUUCGCUGUCGAGACUGCCGGCAUGCUACCAGUGAAAUUCAGGGACAUCCAAAAGGCCACGGGAAAUUGCAAAGUUCUUGGUAAGGUCACCGGCUAUGUCAUGAAUGGAUGGCCCAAAUCGCGAAAGUUCAUCACGGACCUGGAAGUUUCAAAAUUUUUUGACCAACGGGAGGCUCUUAUUCUCAUCGAUGGCUGCAUCUUCUUCGGGGACCGGAUCGUUAUUCCGGCUCAGUUCCGCUCAAAAAUACUCGAGGAACUUCAUCGUGGGCAUCCCGGAAUCGUGCGCAUGAAGUUACUUGCACGUAGCAAGGUAUUCUGGCCUCUGAUCGAUAAAGACAUAGAACGAACCGUGAAGAGCUGCGAAGAUUGUGCAAAAGCCGGAAAGACACCAAUCAAGUGUUCCUUGCAGCCAUGGUCAGUCCCAAGCGGGCCGUGGUCUCGCAUCCACAUCGAUUACGCCGGUUCCAUGAAUGGAAACUACUUUCUGAUCAUGGUCGAUGCUUACAGCAAGUGGCCGGAGGUUGUUAGAACCAAUGUAACGACGACUUCCCGAACCAUCGAGCUGAUCCUGCAAGCUUUCGCUCAACAUGGCCAUUGCGACAUUAUUGUAUCGAAUAAUGGCCCUCAGUUUGCUUCAAUGGAGUUUGAGAGGUUCUGCAAAUCAUUGGGGGUAGAGCACAUUCGAACCGCUCCUUACCACCCGCAAUCGAAUGGGCAAGCUGAGAAAUUUGUCCACUUGCUCAAGACCGGACUGAAGAAGUCCAAGGGAAACAUCGACCAAAAGCUACUCGAGUUCCUCUCCUGCUAUCGUUCGACUCCAUCGUACGGCCUCGGCAUGAAAACACCAGCAGAGGUCCUUAACGGCCGCACAAUGAAAACGAGACUCGAUGUGCUGAACCCUUCCGGCCCGCACCAGGGACUGGCCGACUCCAAAAUGGCGCAACAAUUCAACGGUCACCACGGUGCAAAAUGGAAGGAAUUUGUAGAAAGAGACGGCGUCUACUAUCAACUCCAUCGCUCAAACGAUUCAUAG